AUGGGCGUGAAGAGCAAGGCUGCCCUGGCCAUCGUAGUCCUGCUGCUCUUCCUUGGCUCUCUUUGGCUACAGGGCGGCCUGGACUACCACUGGGAUUCUUGUAUUAAGGGCUAUAAUCAGGUGAAUAAGCUCCACCAUCUGUCCAACAACAGCGAGGCCACAGCGCUGGAUGGCUCUGUGCUCAUUGAGGUGUGUCCUGGGCAGAAUUUCCAGGUAUCUCGACUGCUGUCCCAGCUGCUGGCUGGGCCCACUGACCCCUCAGACAUCCUGCUGGAGCCCUAUCUCGCCAGCUGGGAUGAACUGGUCAAAUUUAUGGAAGCUCUGGGUCCAAUGGUAGGACUGAUUUCCGCAGAAAUAAAAAGCAAGACUACUAUAAUCCGACAGCUGGCCGGUUCACCUGAAGACAAUUCUGAGGCCGAGCUGAACCCGGAGAUCUUUCCAAUGAAGGCGGCUCCAGAGCUGAAGGUGUCCGCUCAUAUGCCUGCUUACCGCUCAGUACGUUCAAUGAUCCAUGUAGAGCUGGAGAAAGAGAUGGUGGACUUCCAGCAGCAGACAGACUCAGGCUGUAGGACUUUGCUUCGUCUCCAUAGGGCACUGCUCUGGCUCAAACUCUUCCUGGAGAAACUGGCCGACGUCCCAGUGACAGGUCGCCUAAGGAGCCCUUCAGACCUGUGCCGCGAAGCAUACCAAAAAAGCCUUGCAAAUCAUCACACCUGGUUUGUACGACGAGCGGCAGAGCUGGCCUUCAUAGCCAUGCCUGAGCGCACCUUCUUCUUCAGGCUGGUGUGUGUUCAGGACCAGGAAGAACUCAGCAUACGGCUCACUAAGGUGGUCCAAGCCCUGGAUGAGGUCUACAAUAGAACACAAAUCGCACUGGAAGAGCAUGGUAUGUUAGACUUGCCUUAA